UUAUUUAAAUGUGUAGAGUUCGCGUAAAUAUAAGAAAUCAUAAUACAUAAAUGGUCUUACAAUAAUAAAAAUUUGUCUCAACUUAGUAGCCUUUACCAGGCAAUGCAAAUUUGAGAAAGGGAGAUAAAAUAAGUUAUAUAAUACAAACAUUUAUAGAGUAAUUAAAUUAAUGAAUCAAUAAUAUAGUCUAAUAAUUUAACAGUAUUAAAUUGUGCAAACCUAAAGGCUUUUAUGAUAUUUUAUAUCAACACAAUAUUUAUUCUACUCAGUCAUUGUUCAAUCUUUAUUUUCAGGUGACAACAAAUUGACUCUAUAUGAGAAAACUUUUUUAAAUCGUCUUAGAGGUACAGUAUUAUGUGAGUGUGAGGGCUAUGUCCAAGCAAUAGCCUGGCACGAAAGAUUUGUAGCAUGGGCAAGUGAGGUUGGUGUACGUGUUUAUGACCUCGUAGCUCGAUGUUCCCUAGGCCUCAUUCAAUGGGAAAAAAGCCCGAAUAGGUCCAUAGAAGACUAUCGCUGCAAUCUACUGUGGUCUGCCCCCAAGACUCUCAUGAUUGGGUGGGUUGACACAAUCCGAAUAUGUGUAAUACGUAAACGAAACCAAAUUGAAUUACAAACACGAGAUGUGACUGAAUACUUAGUAGAUCCUGUGCAUACAUUUCAAACAGACUAUUUCAUAAGUGGCUUAGGACCUUUAGAUGACCAACUUGUUUUACUUGGUGUUCCUAAAGAAUGUGAUCCAGACACUGGCAAAGCACAAAGGCCUGUUCUUACUGUGGCAGAUUAUAAGGACUGCGAAUUUUGUGAGGUUUCUACAGACUGUCUCAAUAUUCGAGGUUAUGAAGAAUACUCUUGCAAUGACUAUUAUUUAGACAUGCUCAUAGAAGAAAAUCGAUUUUUUAUUGUAUCUCCCAAAGACAUAGUGAUUGCUAGUCCUUAUGAUAUUGAUGACAGAGUCAACUGGCUGACUGAGCACAGUCGAUUUGAAAAAGCUAUAGCAGUCUUAGAAGAGGUUGGUGGAAAAACUGCAAAACAUUCAGUUAUUACUGUCGGCGUCCAAUACUUGGACCAUCUAAUGUCUGAACAUCUCUAUGAGCAAGCAGCAAUUUUGUGUGCAAGGAUAUGCAAGAAUGAUAAAGUCUUAUGGGAGAACCAAAUUCUAAAAUUUGCUGAAGUAAACCAACUUAGAGCUAUCAGUGCCUAUGUACCUAGAGUUCCUGAACAAGCAUUGAGUCCACACAUAUAUGAAUUAAUUUUCUAUGAGUAUCUCAAAGUAGAUCCACAGGGUUUUCUUAAAUUGGUGCAAGAAUGGAAUCCAUCACUAUACAAGACAGGAGUUGUUGUGAAAGAAGUUAUAGAACAUUUAUUGACCACUGAAGUAGAUAAGAAUGUAUAUUUAGAAGCAUUGGCCUUGCUUUAUUGUUAUCAAAAGAAAUAUGAUAAAGCCUUAACAGCAUACCUUAAGCUACAGCAUAAAGAUGUGUUCAAAUUAAUCACAAAACAUGAUAUGUACAGUGUGAUAUAUGAUAAAAUCCUUGACCUGAUGAACCUUGACUGUGAUAGAGCCAUAUCGAUAUUACUUGAUAAAGUGCCAGUAGAACUAAUUGAUAAGCAACAGGAGAGAACUAAGAUACCUGUUGAAGUUGUUGAAAAACAGUUGGAAAACCAUGAUUUGUACAUGUUUAAAUAUUUGGACGCUUACAGUAAAAUUGAACCCAAUGGCCGGUACCAUGGAAAGUUGAUUCGGUUAUACGCAAAGUAUGCAAGGGAGAAAUUGUUACCUUUUUUAAAGUGCAGUGAUAACUAUCCUAUUCAAGAAGCGCUAGAUGUUUGUCAGAGCAAUGAAUAUUAUCCAGAAAUGGUAUUUCUGUUAAGUCGUAUUGGUAACACUAGAGAAGCCUUGCAAAUUAUAAUAGAGAAGUUAAAUGACAUAAACCAAGCAAUAAACUUCUGCCAGGAGCACAAUGACAAAGAGUUAUGGACUGACCUAAUUAAGCAGACCGUAGAUAACCCCGAGUGUGUUACAUUACUACUAAAACGGAUAGGUAACUACGUAGACCCCCGUAUGUUAAUACAAAACAUACAGCCUGGUUGUGAAAUAAAGGAUUUGAAGGACUGUUUGGCUAAAAUGAUGUGUGAUUAUCACCUUCAAAUGUCAGUUCAAGAGGCGUGUAAAGUUAUCACCCUUAGGAACUACUUUGAUCUACAUGAAAAACUUAUCAUUGGGCAGCAAAGAGGUAUAUCUGUCACUGAUGACUUCUUGUGUCACGUCUGUCAGGGCCGGAUCAUUAUAAGGGACUUGUCUAACGCCUCCAACUUAAUAGUUUACAAUUGCAGACAUUCAUUCCAUAUAGAAUGUUUACCAGAUGGUGUACAGUGCAGCAAUUGUUAUGUUUGCAGUGCCGUUAAGAUGUAAUUCUGUUUUCUGCUCAAUGAUUGAACAUAGGACUGUGUAUGAUAUUAAAUCUAUAACUAGCAAUAUUUUUCCAUGUAAACUUUAUUACUGUUGUAUAAUUAAUUAACUAAUGUAAUUCCAUGUUUACCAUACUAAUUAGUUUAUUUAUAUAACAUUAUCAGUGAUAACGGUGCUUUGAAAUGAAGUAGCUUGUAUUAUUUUCCUGGUAUUAUAGUUGAAACCUUAAAAUAUUAAAUCAUGAACAACUUU